AGACGAGCUUGCUAUGAACCUAAGACGACUCUUUGUUGAGCGACAAAAGCUUGCAGCAUGUCGCCGUGGCUGGAUACCAUUUCCGUUCCAUAGGGCUCCCCAGCUGCUGUUUGUCUCUUCUGAACAACGAAGAUUGAGCCACCAUGUCGAUAUUCGUCGUUCCUGUCGAGACGGCCAGGCCAUUGGGGUCGCUGGCGGCAGCGGCUCUGAUCGUGUUCCCUAUCAUCUACUUUCUCUACCUUACUGUUUACCGCCUUUUCCUCAGUCCAAUCUCUCACUUUCCGGGCCCAAAGCUAGCAGCAUGGACAUACUGGUAUGAAUUCUGGUACGAUGUAGUUGCCGAGCCCGAGUACACCUUCAAAAUUGGUAGAUUGCACAAGCAAUAUGGCCCUAUAGUCCGUAUCAACCCCGACGAGAUUCACAUCGCGGAUCCGGACUUUUACAACACCAUCUACGCUGGCAGCGGACGCAAGCGUGACAAAUGGGACUGGAUCACCCGGUCUUUCGGCGUCGACGAGAGCUUGAUCGGUACUCUUGGCCACGAUGAGCACCGCAUCCGCAGGGCGGCGCUGUCGCCGUACUUCUCCAAGCAAAGCGUUCGCGCCCUGCAACCACUGGUGGACCGGAAUAUGGGAAUCCUCCUCGGACGCCUCCGCGAGUUUGCCCAGUCCGGAGCCCCUCUGAAGCUUGAUGAUGCCUAUGCUGCACUUACCAACGAUAUCGUGGAGGACUAUGCUUUUGGAAAAAGCGAGAACCGACUCCAGGCUGCUGACUUUGAUCCAUCAUUCAGAGAUGCCAUGCUUCAAGGCGGCAAAGCCGGCCAUGUUCUGAAGCACUUCCCCUCGCUGAUGGACAUGCUGCGCAAGCUGCCAGACUCCCUGUUGCUCAAGCUGAGCCCGGCCAUGGGCGCCUACUCCCAGCUCCAAACCAGUGUGAAGAAACAGGUGGCCGACAUCACACAAGCCCACCAAAUGCACGCGUACGACAAGACGCGGCGCACCAUCUUCCACGAGAUCCUAAACAGCAAGCUCUCCGACUACGACAAGUCCACGGACCGGCUCUGGCAGGAGGGCGAAGUCGUCGUCGCGGCGGGUACCAUCACCACGGCCUGGGCGCUCGGCGUCUCGACGUACUUCGUCCUCGCCACGCCCGACAUACUCUCGCGCCUCAAAGCCGAGCUCGAGGCCGCAAUCCCCGAUCCAUCGCAGCCCCUCAGCUUGCUCGUGCUCGAGCGUCUUCCCUUCUUGACGGGCGUGGUGCAGGAGGGCGUCCGUCUCAGCCAUGCCAUCUCGCACCGGCUGCACCGCAUCUGCCCGGACGAGACGCUCGUAUACCGCGCCGGCGAUCGCGAAUGGCGAAUCCCCCCCGGUACUCCCCUCAGUAUGACCAGCAACCUGGUGCACCACGACGAGCGCGUCUUCCCCGACUCUCACACCUUCAAGCCUGAGCGCUGGGUUAACGACCCCUUGCUGGACCGCUAUCUAGUGUCCUUCGGCAAGGGUGGCAGAGCUUGUCUGGGUAUCAAUCUGGCAUAUGCGGAGCUCUACCUCACACUGGCGGCACUUUUCAGGGUUUAUGGUUCUGAGGAAGUUCAAGGAAAAGAUGACGUCGGAACCUUGAGGCUCUUUGAGACGACCGCUGCUGAUCUCGUUAUCACGAGCGAUACCGUGGUUCCUGUAAUGCCGGAGGACUCCAAGGGAUUGAGAGUGACGGUACAUCAGCGACCUGAGUAGCUGUAAGCGGUAUCUUGGACUCUUAGUUUUCAUUUCAUGGUCGUAAUAGGGUAUCGAGAAUCUCCUCACGCGAACACGAGUAUGACGAAGGAUUGCCCGAGCGAUGAAAUAAGUCUGGUACUGUGGCCGUGCACUUGGAAUGAGCCUCGUCGUAUCGAACGAGUCAUAUUUUUCAAUCCAGUAGGAAAAUAUUUAUGGCAUUCAACGGUUUGCCGCGCGGCAAAUGAAAGAAGGCACAAAGAGAUGAGUAGUGUACUGAGUAGCUAGGUAUAAGAAGGUUGGCUUGAUACCGGCCUCUAUGAUGAUUUAGAUUCGGACCUCAAAGUCUAAAGUCGAAUGCGUAAAACAAAUAUCAAUUUAGAAUCAGAUAGGAUGACCUGACAUGUAGUAAUUUCAGUCACAACUUCAUUUCGGUUCCACGUUAACCGACGGCCCUACUGGAAGGCCGUUGCCGUAUGCCCGACUCAUCCACCCUGGUGACCUGGACAACUGAAUCGCCGGGUGAUGUGGUUUUACCUGCUGCACGGGCAAAGCAUCCAUCGACCAGUUCUAACCCAAGUUAUCAAAUGUGCUCGAGUCCAAUUAUGACUGUACAAGGUCCAAGCCUGGGCAUUCGUUUGGGUCGGCAUAAAAGACACCCCCCAUCAUCUCCAUCGCCCGACACUUUUCGUCCAUCGUGAAGGCGUUUCUAAUGCCAAACGAGUGGACUUUGUCCGUGGACACCUUCAAUGCCCAGACUCCACCGGUUGUCGGCCAUCCAAAAACCUCGAUGAACUUCUCGGCGGCCUUGUAAGUCUCUUCAGCCGCGGAGAGGUUAUCCUUGCCAAGCUUUAUGGCUUUUUGAUAACGAU